UUCCACUUCUGAAGCUCACCAGCUGUAGCAUCAUGAAUCUGUGGUUCAGCACUCACUUCCUGGUUGUUGGGCUGUUUCUGAGCAGCUCGGCUGUGACACCUGAAGAAUGCCAACCCUUGGUCACGCCUUUGUCCCUGGCCGACCCCAGCAUGUAAAUAUAGUUAAACCACCUUGACCUUGACUUGAAUGUAACGCUGAUACCUGGGAGGCACCAACUGGGGAUAAGGAGUGAUCUGAGACUGAGAUGUUCAGAUGGAUGUACGGCAGGAUGAACUUCAUCAUGGGUUACGUUGAUAAUAAUGCAUAUGACGCCAUCCUGAAGUCAACCAAGAGCUCCUGGGGGAAAAUCACUGCGUCACCGUUCAGACCUGGUGACGUUGUGAUGUCUCAGUGGAACAAGAUAAAUGGAACCUGCUUUACCUCAACAGUCAACGUAACUAUUGAUGGCGACACUGCGAAAGUAGCAUUACCUAACAUCACCUCUGAGUUCCACGUGCUGCCGAGCUGCCAAGGCUGUCUGGUCUUCAGCAUCAACAACACAGACAGAAACCUCAACAAGAUUCAUCAACUUCUGAAAAUUGGUGGCACCUUUCCAGAGGAGGAGGUCAUCAUUCGGGCUGUUUAUCUGCUGGGCAGCGAGUCGACCUUGAAGGACUCAGACUUGGAGCGUUUCAAGCAGCAGGCGAGCUGCCUCGGCUUCUCCGGAGAACCAGACUACCACUACGACCCCAAGAACGGUUUCUGUGAUGAAGGCGAGAGCAUUAAGAUGACCUUCAACUGAAAUUUAAAAAAUAUUUCAACCUGAAACUGAGAAAAUAAAGAGACAAAAAAUGACUCAAAUAUCAA